GGAGGCGAACGCCGCUCUUUGUUUGCUUACACGGCUCUCUCGCUCUCUCUCUCACACACACACACACACACACACACACUGCUGGUGGACUGUAACGAACUUCACACACCACACAACCUGCUAGCCAGCUAGCUUGUAGGUAGCUAGCUCAGGGCAGCUAGCUGAGACAGACGGACAGGAAAGAGAGAGAGCGAGAGGUAGAGAGACAGAGAGGGGAAGAGACCGGGCUGUCUGUGUCCUCAGCUGCAGCGACAACUCAAAGGAGGAGGACGGUCCUCACCGUGGACAGACGCGGCACUUAAAAAGAAAAAAAAGAAAGACCGGCGUGCACGCUGAGGAAGAACCAUGUGACCUGACAUACAUUAUGUGCACCCGGAGAUGAUGAUGAUGAUGAGGAGGAGGAUGCUACAAAGCUACACGGACAGGCCAGUCAGGAAAUCAGUGUGAAGCUGCAAAAACACAAGGCUUUGCUACUGACUGAGCAGCUUGUGUGUGUGUGACAGACAGAGAGAGAGAGAGAGGGCGAGUGAGUGUGUGUGUGUGUGCCUAUAUGGCGGAGUUUGGGGAGGACGACAGCCUCCCAUCUCCAUUCAAUGACGGGGGAAACACGGCCGUGCCCGGCGACGAGGCGGCGGGGAAGACGCAUUGCGAAUUGGUGUCGCUGGUGAAUGGAGACUGUGGGAUCCCGGAGAACAUGGUCGGCUCUCGCACCCCGAUAGUCGCUCCUGGCAACCAAGCCGGGGUGGAAACCGCAAACACCUCGGUCGGACUGGACGGCAAAAACGAGAUUCCACGCAGGAGCAGCAUUAUCAAGGAUGGUUCAAGACAACGUAAAGAAAGAAAGAAGACAGUUUCAUUCAGUAGCAUGCCUACUGAGAAGAAAAUUAGCAGCGCAAGUGACUGCAUUAAUGCAAUGGUGGACGGCUCCGAGUUGAAGAAAGUGCGGUCCAACUCGCGCAUUUACCACCGCUACUUCCUCCUGGACGCCGACAUGCAGUCUUUGAGAUGGGAGCCCUCAAAGAAGGAGUCAGAAAAGGCCAAAAUUGAUGUAAAAUCCAUCAAGGAGGUUCGGACAGGGAAAAAUACGGACACUUUUAGAACUAAUGGCACCUAUGAUCAGAUAUCAGAGGACUGUGCUUUCUCAGUCAUCUUCGGGGAGAACUAUGAGUCCUUGGACUUGGUGGCAAACACUGCAGAUGUAGCAAACAUAUGGGUAACAGGACUGAGAUACCUGAUCUCCUAUGGGAAACAUACGUUAAAUAUGAUAGAGAGCAGUCAGAACAACAUGCGCUCAUCGUGGCUAGGUGAACUUUUUGAUGAGGCAGAUGGUAACAAAAGCAAACAAAUAACGAUAUGUGGCGCUGUGCAGCUUGUCAAAAAGCUGAAUCCAGGACUUAAAAAUGUGAAAAUAGAACUUAAGUUCAAGGAGCUUCACAAAUCUAAAGACAAAGCAGUUACUGAUGUGACAAAAGAGGAAUUCAUUGAGGUCUUUCAUGAUCUUUGUACCAGGCCAGAAAUUUAUUUCCUCUUUGUUCAGUUCUCCAGCAACAAAGAGUUUCUCGAUACGAAGGACUUGAUGAUAUUUCUGGAAGCAGAGCAGGGAAUGGCACAAGUGAGUGAAGACACCAGCUUAGAGGUAAUUCAGAAGUAUGAACCGUCCAAGGAGGGCCAGCUUAAGGGCUGGCUGUCUCUCGAUGGUUUCACCAACUAUCUUAUGUCAGCAGAGUGCCAUAUAUUUGACCCUGAACAAAAAACUGUUUGCCAAGACAUGAACCAGCCGCUGUCCCACUAUUACAUUAAUGCAUCCCACAACACGUAUCUGAUCGAAGAUCAGUUCAGAGGUCCUUCAGAUGUGACCGGGUACAUCCGCGCCCUUAAGAUGGGUUGCCGCUGUGUAGAGCUGGAUGUGUGGGACGGGCCCGAUAACGAACCUGUUAUUUACACUGGCCACACAAUGACAACGCAGAUCGCUUUUCGCAGUGUCAUUGAUGUCAUCAACAAAUACUCCUUUGUCGCGUCCGAGUUUCCACUGAUACUGUGUUUAGAAAACCAUUGCUCGUUAAAGCAGCAGAGAGUCAUGUUUCAACACCUCAAGAAGAUCCUUGGAGACAAAAUGUACAUUGUUUCUCCUAAACCAGAGGACUGCUACCUUCCCUCUCCUUCUGAACUAAAGGGAAAGAUCUUGCUGAAGGGUAAGAAAUUAAGCACAAACUGUACUGCUUCAGAAGGUGAGGUGACCGACGAGGAUGAGGGCGCAGAGAUGUCUCAAAGGAUGAGCAUCGAGUCUGCAGAACAACAGACUAUCGCGUCCAAGAAAUUCCAGUUGUCAAAGGACCUCUCUGACCUGGUGACCUUAUGUAAGUCUGUGGAGUUCAGAGACUUCCCAACUUCAUUCCAGAGUCAGAAGCACUGGGAGCUCUGCUCUUUCAAUGAGGUCUUUGCCAGUCGCUGUGCCACUGACUUCCCCGGUGACUUUGUGAACUAUAACAAGAAGUUCCUGGCACGGGUUUACCCAAGCCCCAUGAGGAUCGACUCAAGCAACAUGAAUCCCCAAGAUUUCUGGAAGUGUGGUUGCCAGAUAGUGGCAAUGAACUAUCAGACUCCAGGCUUGAUGAUGGAUUUAAACAUUGGUUGGUUCCGUCAGAAUGGGAACUGCGGCUUUGUGCUGCGUCCAGCCAUCAUGAGGGAGCAGGUUUCGUAUUUUAGUGCCAACACUAAAGAUUCGGUGCCUGGUGUUUCUCCGCAGCUCCUACACAUCAAGAUCAUCAGUGGACAGAACUUCCCCAAACCAAAAGGCUCAGGUGCCAAAGGAGAUGUAGUUGACCCCUAUGUGUAUGUGGAAAUCCACGGCAUUCCUGCCGACUGCGCUGAGCAAAGGACUAAAACGGUCAACCAGAAUGGGGACAACCCUCUCUUUGACGAGAGCUUUGAGUUUCAGAUAAACCUCCCAGAGCUCGCAAUGGUGCGCUUUGUGGUGCUGGAUGACGACUACAUUGGGGACGAAUUUAUUGGCCAAUACACAAUCCCCUUUGAGUGUCUCCAGCCAGGCUUCCGCCACGUACCGCUUCAGUCUCUGACCGGGGAAGUUCUGCCACACACCUUGUUGUUUGUUCAUGUGGCCAUAACGAAUCGAAGGGGAGGCGGUAAACCACACAAAAGGGGCCUGUCUGUGCGAAAGAGCAAGAGGAGUAGAGAGUAUGCCAGCAUGAGAGUGCUAUUGAUCAAGGCUGUGGAUGAUGUCUUCAAAACGGCCAUUCUGCCACUCAGGGAGGCAACAGACCUCAGAGAAAACAUGCAGAAUGCCAUAGUGUCCUUUAAAGAGCUGUGUGGGCUUUCAGCGGUGGCCAACUUGAAGCAGUGCAUCUUGGCCCUUUCCCCUCGACUCACUGGACCCGACCUCAACCCGCCCCUCCUUGUGUUCAACCUCAACGACCAGUACCCAAAUUUGGAGCCCCAAGGCCUGCUGCCAGAGUUCCUCAAGAAAGUCGUCACCACCUAUGACAUGGUGAUCCAGACCAGCAAGACUCUUCUGGAGACCCACGAGGGCGUAUAUGAACGCAUUCUACAGACACAAAAAGCAGCGAUGGAAUUUCACGAGAACCUCCACGACUUGGCUGCGAAGGAGGGGCUGAAGGGCAGGAAGUUGCACAAGGCGGUGGAGAGCUUCACAUGGAACAUCACCAUCCUGAAGGGCCAGGCAGACCUACUGAAGCACGCCAAGAGUGAGGUCCAGGAGAACCUCAAGCAGAUCCACUACGCCGUGCUCACCUGUAACCUGAGCAAAGGCGGCGCUGCGGGCGGCUCUUCGGGCUCAGAGUCGAAGGGCAGACGCAGCCUCGAGGCCAUCCCGGAGAAGGCCACGGGGGGGGAGGAGUUCAACGACGAGGACGAAUGAAGACCUUCAGUCCCCCUGGAGACCACAACCAGACCUCUUUCCUGCUCCUGCCUCCUGAGCUCAACAACCCAAACGCUCUCUCCUCGCCCUCUCGGUCUCUUGUCUUUACCCUGACAUCACCACUCCACACAGGCACACGCACACCAGUGUUGCUCCACAUUCCAUCAAGUGCAUUCCUGUAUCCCCGAGCACAGCUGUAACCUCUCACAGACGUCUGCCUUGUAAUCAUCAGUUAAAUGCCACCACAACUCCACCAUUUAAAUCUUCACAUCACAGGAAAGGUCUGAUGAGAAGUUCUUGGAAAAGCACUGUCAUUGCUUUUUUUUUUAAGUCUUAAAAUGUUGCACUGAAGCCGUUUUUUUCCCUCCUCCUCCUCCUCGUGUCCGAGAGGCUUAAAUAUUAGAAUAUAUACUGUAUUGUUGUUUUUUUUUACAGUACACUGUGCAGCAUUGACGUGUGAGCGGCGAGCAGCUGAUCAGGUUACCGUCGCGAGUUGAUCUCUCCCUGUGAAGGAGUUUAAAGGAUGUCACAAUCCACGAUUUCCUGCCAGUUUAGCAAAACAUAAACUAGACUACGGGAAUUUUUACCACCGAUUUAUCCCAGGUGCGUUGAAGAUUUCACGAGAUCGUGACGAGAUCGGAGCGACCGAUUACACCGGACAUUUCCAAAGGAAACGCGUGGACGUGGUCAGUGUUCAGAGCUCGGCGAGCAAUUUCACUCUCCGUUUUUGUCUCGACAUCAUAUUUUAACACGUGUCUCGCCACGGUGUCGUCACCAACGUUAAAAUACGGAAGGAGGCAGAUUUAUUUACUCUCUCACACUGGUGAAAGAUGGAGCGAGAGAUAAUCCCUCACUCAGCUCAAAUAACCCAGUAUAUAUACACACAGUAGCAUCCAGGACCUUAUUUAUGGGGGGGGGGAAUAAUUCCUGGUAAUCUGUGAGAUUUAGCGUUCUCUCACAAUCAAAACAGUCAACAUGGUUAUGCCGAUCGUUUCCUAAAAUGCUUUUCUUCGAAUUUAAUAAAUAAGAAAAAAAACAACUGUGUAGCGGGGGUUUGGCUUGUGAUGCAAUUUUUUUUUUUCUCGCAUCGUGCCCCUCUAGAGUUCCGGGUAAUCUGAAAAGUCCCUAGUCUUUCGGGGUCGAGGGAAAGUUAUUCCCUGGGUGAUUUCUGGUGGAAACGAGCCACAGUUUUUCAAAAAUCCCAGGAAAUAAGAAAAAGUUCCUGCGGUGGCUGUAGAAUUUUUGCUCAAAAUGCCCAUCCCUAAUAUUAGGGGUGAAUAUUCAUCGUCUUUAGAGCAACAGAAAAGUCUUGUUUUUUUUGUUUUAGGUGCUCAACUUUACAUCUUACCCUGAAGAUAAAAGCUGCAUUAAAUACUUGCUUUAAGCUUCUAGCAAAAA